GAAACGCUGUUCGUAUCAUAUUUUAGAUACAAAUGCAACUAGGAAUUUAACUAACUAAGAAUCAAGCCCUUGGGGUAUUUUGGUCACAUGGCUAUUUUGGUAUCUCUAGUGUCUUUGGAUAUCAUUGGGCUCUGUCCUUGAUGUUUACUGCAUGCAGAGGUUACAUGAGGGGGAUUGUGCUAUGCAUACACAAUCAACACAAGAGGAGAUGUCUCAUACAGUACAUGGACUGCAAGGAUUAGUUAAUGCUAAGCACAGUGCAGUUGUCAUAUGUAGACACUGUACCCUAUGUGCGUGUUCAUUUCCACAGUCCUUUCACUGAAGAAUCAUUCCUCCUCUAUUGACUGAAUAUAGACACUCGAAGACGCCAUGCGUUCUGAAUGAGGGGUUCUGUCUCGAUGGCUUUCUCUUGGUUAAAUACAUCAGUAAAUAGUAGGAAAGGGCGUAUUGAUUUUCUUCCUGUUCGUGAGGUCAUGUUCUUAAAAUAUGCCAUGCUGAACCUCUUAGGAAUUUGACAUUCUCUUUAGAAGUAUGGAGUUUUAUGGUAUUCAUGCACUGUAUGUUUUCAUCGUUCAUAGAAUUUCCACACAGGCCAGAUUUUGCCAUAGACAGCAGGCUGAGAUGAUUGCUCCUGAUCGGUAUGUAUAAGAAACAGCAGCCAGCACAGAGGGAAUUAUGGGACAUCAGCUAUUUCUGCACUAAGUUACUUCAUGAAGACAGUGCUAUUGUAACUGAUUUAAAUCCCUUCACUAUCUUGUUGGGAAAUAAGUAUAUACUGGUAUAGGGGCAUAUCCAGAAGCAGUGCUGUUUAUCUGCUGUGCUGUGUUCAGUGGACCUCAUUUAAAAAUGUUAGGGAAGCGAAUAACAGAGAAUUAUGGGCAGCUGCAGAAAGAUCUGUUGGGCCCAAGUUAAAGCCCAAGACACGGGUAAUUCCCGGGGAGCGCAUUACUGUAUUAGUAGUGAGCGUUAUGUCUAUAUAAUACAUUGAUUUAUUUGUCAUUUUAAGUAUGUUAGGUUUUAUUUUUUUCAGCGAGGGUGAAAGGGUAGUUUCCUUUCCUCUUUAAAACGUAGCUGUUUUGCAGUUUGCUGGGGGAAAUGGCUGAGAUAGUUGAGGAAAGGCCACGAAGAAGCGUGGCUCUGGAAAUGGUGGGUUAUUAAGAACUUUGGUGCAGUGUGAAGCACUGAAAUGAAGGCAGUGUCGGAUUCCCACAGGUGACAGAUGGAGAGCAGUGUAUCAAUGUGAUGCUGUAGUAUAAUGGAUAAGUCUUUUUUCAUACUCUUCCCCACUUCAUUGCAUGAACCUGGCAGUGUUAUGUUACGUGAUGAGCAAAAGCGAUAAUGCUAUUUGUGCCUGAAACAACGAGGGAUCAGGUUUUGCAAAUCUACCUGGGCUUUCAGGGCGAAGCAUUAAGACAAAACAGAGGCAUGACUGGCGUACUGCAGAAACCUAAUGUUACCUGGCUGCACGUGGAAACACGCCCUGCAUUUUAGAAGGAAUGAAAAUGCUAAAAUAAUGACUGAAAAAACCUCUCCCCCAUAAAACAAGUUUAUAUUCCAAGCUACUUUAUGCUGUACAUUUUCUAAGAAUAGUGCUGUGGUAUCAGAUUAACAACGGCACAAAUAGUCUGUAAAGGAAACUUGUUUACAGUCAGGUGAGGCAGACCUGCUGAAUAAGAGCUGUACAUGAGGUCCUGUUCGUGCACAAGCCCAGUUCCAUGCACACCUGAUUAAAUGGCAUUAUGAGGAACCUGUUUAAAACCAAAUAGGCUAUCAGUACACACACACAUUCACAACAGGGUAUGGUAUAUACAUGUAUUCUCUUUGCCCGAACUAUUUAAUAUGCUCCAAACAAAGAAAAGGAAGCCAAUUAGAGGUCUAUUCUCCCUCACAGAGCAGCUUUGGAGACUGGGAAGUUUGUGAGGUUGCCUAGCAACCCUGUGCUUGUCACCGUGCUAAUGCUUAAGUCAAAAGUGAAUAACGUUUAGAGUUUUAGGGGCUUUUGAGCAUAAAGGAAGAUUGACUUAAUCUUCAGAAGAGAUGUAACAGCCUUUUCAAAGGAAAGAAUCCUACUGCAACCCCCGAACACAUCACACUUUACAAAGGGGGAAAAAAUAGCUUUAUAUUAUAUCUAAUCAAUUUCCUUUAAAACUACAAACCCAAUAAAUCUGUGACAGGUUCUUUAAAUCCAGACCUGUGUGUCUCAGGGGUUUAUCAGGAGUACCCUGUGUUUGAAAUGUCUGUUUGUUUCAGGGGUUUAUUAGUAGAAACCUGUGUUUGAAAUGCCUGUCCGUUUCAGGGGUUUAUCAGUAGAACCCUGUGUUUGAAAUGCCUGUGUGUCUCAGGGGUGUAUCAGUAGAAUCUUGUGUUUUGAAAUGCCUGUGUGUCUCAGGGGUGUAUCAGUAGAACCUUGUGUUUUGAAAUGCCUGUGUGUCUCAGGGGUGUAUCAGUAGAACUCUGUGUUUGAAAUGCCUGUGUGUUUCAGGGGUUUAUCAGUAGAAAGAACUCUGUGUUUGAAAUGCCUGUGUGUUUCAGGGGUUUAUCAGUAGAAAGAACUCUGUGUUUGAAAUGCCUGUGUGUCUCAGGGGUGUAUCAGUAGAACUCUGUUUGAAAUGCCUGUGUGUUUCAGGGGUUUAUCAGUAGAAAGAACUCUAUGUUUGAAAUGCCUGUGUGUCUCAGGGGUUUAUCAGUAGAAAGAACUCUGUGUUUGAAAUGCCUGUGUGUUUCAGGGGUUUAUCAGUAGAACCCUGUGUUUGAAAUGCCUGUGUGUUUCAGGGGUUUAUCAGUAGAACUCUGUGUUUGAAAUGCCUGUGUGUUUCAGGGGUUUAUCAGUAGCCGUUUUGGGUUGUGUUGCUGCAGCUUCAGAAAUCUCCAAUGAAUUGUUAGCCAGUUCAGCUCACUGUUGUCUCCCCAGGUAGUUGAGCACUGAAAAAGAUCUGAGUUUGCAAGGAUGUAUUUAGGUAGCAGAGUUUUGCAAUCCUGUCAUUGUCAGGGUAACAUGAAAGUAUUAUAGGAUGCUGAGAGACAAGUAGGCAGAGGAGUAUAAUGUAUUAAAAUAUGUUGCUUUUCUUUUCUUUUUUGUUACUCUGAGCCUUUCAAAAACCAGUUGUCAUGUGCAUGGUCUGAAAUGAAGGGAAACGUGCAUUAUUCACACAGUGGGGAUUUACAGCAAAGGAGUAUUUUGAAGAAUCUGUGCAGAUACAGAAUUAAAAAAGUCUUGAGUAGCUGUGCUGCUGCCCCAGCAAAAUGCUAAGUGUGAUGUGAUGUUUUUUAACAGUUUGUUUGAGGAACCAGAAUUUGCAAGAGGAGUAGACUUCCUGCUGAUUCGCCGGUGUGAGAUCCAGUGGCCAGUUGAGAGAGAGAGAGAGAGAGAGAGAGAGCGAGAGAGAGAGACACACAGAAAGUGCAUGUGUUCGUGUUUGUACUAAGCGCUGCUCUUGCUUGCCUGUGAGUCUCACUGCUCCUAGUAGCUCCUGCUAGCUCGCUGCUUGCCUCAGCAGCCUCAGUCCUCUGUGUUUGAGGGACACUUGCCCAGGGUACGGCGCCUCUAUGAUGAAAGAAGAGGGCGUGCUGCGCAGGAGGUUCUCCACCUGCGCCGGGGUGACGGCCGUGUUUUCGCCCCGGACUGAUGGGCGCAAACUCAUUCGCAAUGCCUCUUUCGGGGGGUACAAUGAGCUCUCCCCUGUCCUGUCAGGUUUCGAUAGGGGAAAGGAUGACGUUUCACAGCCUAAAGAGGACUCUACCCUUUCCAUGUCUAAAAGCAAGUCUGAAUCAAAGCUCUACAAUGGUUCUGACAAGGAGGUUUCAUCCACAGAGAGCAAACUUACAAAGAAGGAGUCUCUUAAAGUACAGAAGAAGAAUUACAGAGAAGAAAAGAAGAGGGCGACUAAGGAGUUACUCAGCACCAUCACAGACCCCUCGGUGAUUGUCAUGGCAGACUGGCUGAAGAUCCGGGGCACGCUGAAGAGCUGGACGAAGCUGUGGUGUGUGCUGAAGCCGGGCGUGCUGCUGAUCUACAAGACUUUGAAGAACGGUCAGUGGGUCGGCACGGUGCUGCUCAAUGCCUGCGAGCUCAUCGAGCGCCCCUCCAAGAAGGACGGCUUCUGCUUCAAGCUGUUCCACCCCCUGGAGCAGUCCAUCUGGGCGGUCAAGGGUCCAAAAGGGGAAACAGUAGGAUCCAUCACUCAGCCUUUACCCAGCAGUUACCUGAUCUUCCGGGCUGCUUCCGAGUCAGAUGGCAGGUGCUGGCUGGAUGCUCUGGAGCUGGCACUGAAAUGCUCAAGCCUCCUGAAGCGCACCAUGAUCAGGGAAGGCAAGGAGCUGGAAGUGGGAUCCUCGGGAGAGCACUCCCAGGUCAACUUGUACAGCCUGCUGCGAGCCAGCAACCUGCAAGGACCUGACAGCUUCACCUUCAAUGACAGCGAAAUCGAGACGCAGCACUUCAGGGACCACGACCUUUACUCUGACAAGUCGGACCGGGAGAACGAGCAGGACCACGAGGAGUCGGACAACGAUGGGCUGGAGAAGAGCGAGGAGAGCGACACAGACACCUCGGAGCGGCAGGACGACUCUUACCUGGAACCCGAGCCCAUCGAGGUGCUGCGCGAGACCACCUACCUGGAGCAGUCUCGCGAGGAGCUGGGGGAGGCUGGGGAGGCCUCUCAGACAGAGACAGUGUCUGAGGAGAACAAGAGCCUGAUCUGGACGUUACUGAAGCAGGUGCGUCCAGGGAUGGACCUCUCCAAGGUGGUGCUGCCUACGUUCAUCCUGGAGCCUCGCUCCUUCCUGGACAAGCUCUCGGAUUACUACUAUCACGCCGACUUCCUCUCCGAGGCUGCUGUUGAAGAAAAUGCCUACAAUCGACUGAAGAAGGUUGUGAAAUGGUACUUGUCAGGAUUUUACAAAAAACCACAGGGACUGAAGAAACCUUACAAUCCAAUUCUUGGUGAAACAUUCAGAUGUUUGUGGAUUCAUCCCCAGACAAGCAGCAAGACGUUUUACAUUUCUGAACAGGUGUCCCAUCAUCCGCCAGUGUCUGCCUUCUAUGUAAGUAAUAGAAAAGAUGGGUUUUGCCUCAGUGGUAGCAUCCUGGCCAAAUCAAAGUUUUACGGUAACUCAUUAUCUGCCAUACUGGACGGAGAAGCCAGACUAACUUUCCUGAACAGGGGAGAGGAUUAUGUGAUGAAUAUGCCGUAUGCUCAUUGCAAAGGAAUUCUUUAUGGUACAUUGACUCUGGAGCUUGGAGGGCAGAUAAACAUCAUGUGUGAGAAAACGGGAUACAGCGCUUUGCUUGAAUUCAAACUGAAGCCGUUUCUAGGCAACAACGACAGUGUUAACCAAAUAUCUGGAAAAAUCAAACUUGGCAAGGAAGUACUGGCUACUUUGGAGGGCCACUGGGACAGUGAGGUCAUCAUCCACGAUAAGAAGACCGGAAUCUCCGACACGUUCUGGAAUCCCACUCCUGAGCUGAGGCAGAGCCGGCUGAUGAGGUGCACCGUGGUGACCGAGGAGCAAGAGGACUGGGAAUCGGAAAAACUGUGGCAGCACGUUACCCAAGCCAUCCAUAACAAAGACCAGAUGGAAGCCACCAACGAGAAGUAUAUCCUGGAGGAAGCGCAGAGGAAGGCGACCCGGGAGAGGAAAGCCAAGUGCGAGGAGUGGAAAUGCAGGCUGUUUGAGCAGGACCCCAUCACGGGAGAGUGGCAGUACAGAUAUGCAGAUACCCGACCUUGGGAUCCUCUGAAUGAUAUGGUACAGUUUGAGAAAGAGGGUUGGAUCCAGACUAAAGUCAGGCACCGCACACCUAUGGUACGUUCUGGGAGUGUAAUUAGUCUCAGUAACCAGGGGGCAAGGCGGGACAAUUGCAAAUGUCAGGUCACUGUUCCUAAAAGAAAGCGCAAGCAAACUGAUCAACCGGAAAGUGUGGAGAGUGGCUGCUCCUCCCCCGAACCUGAUCAACGUGACUCUUUGGGCAGUGAAAGACACAAAAUAAAGCACAGCUCAAGGUUAAGGAAAAAAGGUGCCGACCUCAAUGAACUUCAAAGUGCCAUUGACUCUAUUAAACAUACCCAAGAGGAAAUUAAUAGAAGCAUCACUGCUCUCCGAAGUCGUGCCCUGGCGGGCCAGCCUCCACCAGAGAGCAAUUUCCUGCAGCAGAGGGAUUACGUCAUCAUCUUUCUCCUCAUCUUCGUCCAGAUCUUCAUAAACUUCCUGUUCAAGUAACCAGGCUGCUCCAAACCCGAGCUGGAGGAGAUGUGGGGAGAACCAGAACUGUCUGUGACAAUGCUGUCCGUUUCCGGAAAAACUAUUGGGUUGAGAUUUUAUAAUUCCUUACAAUUUUAAAAAAAGAUGUUAUUUAUAGGUCAUGUGCAAUUUGCUGUCAAGACAGGCAAAUACAAUAAUGAUUGUGGGUCCUUUAGUUUAUUACUGACAUAUCUCUAAGAUCCUGUGUGGGGGAAAAUGAAUUAAAAGUACACCACCUGGCCACUUACAGAUUGUUGAGUAAAACAUAUAAGAAACAAAGUCAAAUGGACAAACAUUUCAGCUAACGCCUUCAUUACAGAAACACAGCGUUCUGGAUCUCACCAGAUUCCAGUGUACUAGGACUGAACAGUGCUGCAGGAAGCUGGCCAAGAACAAGGGCAACAUUUUGUAUGUAGCAUAAUGCCAAGUCGCCCCAUAAAUGUUCUUUAGGAUGGAUAAUGGCAGUGUCAAUACGACCAAAUAUGAAGUCACAUACCUAAUGUGUUGCGUCUUGAUAAACUGGCUUCAAUACACAGCAGAACCUCAGAGUUAGGAUCCCCACAGUUACAAACUGGCCUGUCAACUCCAAACUACUUGAGAUCGGACACAGGGCUCCUGGCUGCUGUAAAAGACAUGAAGAUCAGACAGUUAAACACAGGGCUCCUGGCUGCUGUGAACUCUGGGGUUCUACUGUAGGAAAACUAGACCUUUUACAGCAGUGCAAUAAGGAACUUCUGAGAGAUAAGCACAUGCGUUUUUAAACCACUUGGUUAUUAGCUCUCCAGAUCUGCAUAUUUUCCCUAACAUGUAUUUUGAAUGUCAAAAUAAUCCUUUUGGGAUCAAUUUGGUAUACCGUUUGAAAACAAAAAGGAAAGCAAUCUGAAAAGAAUGCUUUUUGAAUCAGUUAUUGGGUAACACUGGGUGUUUCUGUAACAUAGAUGCUAUAGAAAUGUAAUUGUAUGGAAAUGCAGGCCUGCAGGACAGCUAGAAUUGUUUCUAAUUUAGCAGCUAUUAUAAAGCACUCCUUGCAUUGUACACCGCUCAUAACUUAUAGACACAUAAACAAAACAAAAUAGUGCAAGCUUGUAGAAAAUGCCAAAUGCCACAUUUAGAAGAUAGACAUGGAGCGCUGGUACAGUGAAUGUAAAUGCACUGUAUUACUGUGCGUAAACUUUUUAACAAAAAAAUAUUUCUAUUGGUCCGUAAACACAUCUCUUGGAGCACCGAAUCGUCGGUGAAGAUCACCUUAUUGCUCAUUGCUUUUGUUAUUUUGAAGUUUGCAUAUCAGUUCUCGUCGCUGAAAGUGAGAAUUCAGAAUUCUGUAAUGAACUAUUGCUAAUCAGUGCCUUUAGGAUGGAUCUGACUGGGAGAGGUGGGGAAUACAUGCUGUCAUGUGGUUGUGCCAUAAAAAGCCUUUGAAGUCUCUGAACAUGACCGUGGCUGUGCGUUUCUGUUUAACCUGCAGAAUUUCUCAUCAUUUAUUCCUGUCAUUGCAGCCUAAUUUUCUACGCUUAUUAGUUUACUGUCGUUGUUAACUGAAAAGGCACCUUCUAAGAGAGUCAAUUGUCUGUUUUAUUUCCAUAAUAUACUGUAUAUGUUUUGUUAUAUAAUAUUGGUUUUGUCUGUUUUCCACAUGAAAGUCGUUUAUAGAAUAUCAUUUGAAACCAUCAGUAUUUUUUUUUUCAAAAAUAGAGAUUCUGUUUAACAAAAGUGGGACCCGUCAAUGUAUGUAAAUGUCAAGCCUGUGUAUGUCCGUACAUGACUAUUUAUUUGUAAAACACUUCUUGUAAGCUUUUGUCAUCUACCGUAUCAUAUCUUAACAUAUCACCAAAAUAAAUCUUUUCAUUGGCAUCAUC